CUCAAGAUCAAUUUCAGUAUGCCGACAAAAUCUUGGCAUUAGAUAUGGUUGGCGGUUGAUUGGUGCAUAGAAGACGACUUGAACACCACAACAUACGACAGAGGUCGAGAACCUUACCACAAAGGAAGAAAAUGGGUCAACCACCCUACGAAACGAGCGACAACCCCACGAGUGAAAAUCGCACUAGCUGUCGGGAUAGAACUGCAUCCACUGCUACAAUGGCAAACGAAUGUUUGUCCGUCGAAAAUGUCACGAGAGCAGCUGCCCGAGGAACUCUUUUCACUCUUGUGCUUCGUUUGAUUUCCUUCGUUUGCACGCAGCUUACUAUCCGCGCCCUCGACCCAUCGACGCUCGGAACAAGCAUCCAACUGGAAUUGAUUCUAACGACGAUUUUGUUCAUAAGCCGCGAGGGCUUUCGGUUAGCACUUACUCAGAACGUGGUGCCAGAAAAUCAGACGGUAGGUUCAAAACAAGCUUUAGCCGAUUUUUUUAUGAACUGUACAUUUUUGUUCUCAAUUUGUAUUACAUUCUACGCUUUUUUGUGCAGGUAGCUUGGUUAACCAUUCCAGUGGUUACCUUCAUUUCGGGAACAACCAUGAUAUGGCAUUUGCUUUUCGCAACAUCCAGCGACGAGGUUGCCACGGACUAUCGAAUAGCAGGGGUAUUAUACUGCAUCGCCUCAUGGGUAGAGGGGAGUGGUGAACCCGCGGUGCUCUUCUUUUUGCGGAAAUUAGAGGUUCCCCCCCGGGUAGAGGCAGAGGGAAUUGCCACAGUAGCAAAGACCGUUGCGACGGCGGUGGGAAUUCAGUUUUUGCCCUCGUCGUGGACCAUAACGGCAUUCGGUUUGGCACAGCUAGUCUAUGCUACAAUCUACACUUUUUACUUGUACGGCAGGGCCCUCUCAACGCCCGACUGGAACGAGGCCGGGUCGCCUCCGUCGUCGCUGUCGGUAUUUCUCAGCGGUCUCGACGGGAAUACGUGUUACACGACCUUUGUGUACACGAUUCAAGGAUUUUUCAAGCACAUGCUGACCGAAGCCGACAAGAUCGUUUUGACAGCCAUGUCUGAUAGCUACAACCAAGGAGUGUAUGCAAUGGGUGCAUCGUAUGGUGGCAUGGCUGCGCGUAUCCUUUUGCAACCUCUCGAAGAGAAUGCUCGGUUGCUGUGGAGCCGAUUGGCGAGCGAAUCCGACAAACACAACACUGUUCACCAGAACGACCUCUUUCGAUCCUAUACAACGCUUGUAAAGCUUGUUCUGUAUGUUGGGCUCGUAUUUGGCUGCUUUGCUGUUCAUUAUACUGGGCUUCUUCUCAACAUAUUGGCUGGACGGACAUGGGGAUCCAACAUCGAGGCUUCCAAUAUUCUGGCUGGCUUUUGUGUAUACACUUCGUUUCUGGCCCUCAACGGGAUGACGGAAGCGUUCGUCUACGCUGUUGGUGGUGGUGACACCGCUGCAACAGAAAUGACAAAACUGGGAUUGGUGCACACGGCGACCGGUGUGGCGUUUGCCUCUACUGCAUACCUCUUUGUGGGUCGCUAUGGGACGCUUGGGAUAGUUAUUGCAAACUGUGUGGCAAUGUUCAUUCGAUCGCUAUACUCGUUGCAUUUUGCAGUGGCAUACUUUUCGAAAUCACAAACAGGUGAGCGAUCACCGCUACUGCUCGAUCUCUGUCCGCACCCAGUAGUUUUGGCAGCGUUUGCCCUUGCAUGGCUAGCUACUCGGUUGUCGCUAGAAAACCUUGCCGCGAACGGCUUUCAUCUUCGAUUGGAAAUUCGAAACAGCGAUUGGUUGGUGCAGACGGGGUGGCACGUAGUCACUGGAAUCGUGUUCCUCGCUGGCAUCGUGCUGUUGGUCGGAACAUUCGAAAGGCGUUUCAUUAAAUCAUUGAAAAACAUGGUCCAAAACAGAAAGAGCAAUUCGAAGGACCAAAAAGCAACACGGCAAAAACAAGACUAAGAACGAUAGACAAUUGACGAGCCAUGGGCGGAUCCUUUCGUCCUCUACUGUGAAGUCGCACCUCUUUGUGACUACUACGUCCACAGGUGCCGGCAAUGAAGACAGAAUAGUUUCGUUCUACUCGGCUCCACUAACGUAAAUAAUAUAUAUUGUUCAAG